AUGGAGUCUCUGAAUAAAGCGGGGCAAGAGAUGAGCCUGGCGGCCUUAAAGCAGCACGAUCCCUACAUCACCAGCAUUGCCGACGUGACCGGCCAGGUGGCCCUUUAUCGCUUCAGUCCAAAGGCCAACGAAUGGGAGAAGACUGACAUAGAAGGUACCUUAUUUGUGUAUAAAAGGUCUGCUUCACCUUACCAUGGUUUUACAAUUGUAAAUCGAUUGAAUAUGCACAACUUGGUUGAGCCCGUAAACAAAGACUUGGAGUUUCAACUUCAUGAACCUUUUCUUCUGUAUAGAAAUGCCAACUUGUUAAUUUACAGUAUCUGGUUUUAUGACAAGAAUGACUGUCAUCGAAUAGCAAAACUCAUGUCUAAGGUGGUACAGGAAGAAACUCAGAGAUCCCAGCAACAAUUACAGGAUAGAAAAAAUGUCAGUCGGGUUAAUGGCUGCACAGAUAUCCUAGAGUUGCUUAGUAAAGCAAAGGAUGAAUAUGAACGG